UAUCACCGACUUUACUUUUGUUCAACCAGAUCAACAACCGAAUCAGUUUGUAAAUUCGCUGACACUGAACAGGUAGAAUGGGCAGAUAUAAAUGUGCAUACAACUGCGAAAGCUCCAACGAGUCAGAUGAGAAGUUUUUCAAGUUUCCACUUUACCAUUCCCGUAAACUUAAGAAGUGGCUCGCCAACAUGAAGUUAAAGGACUGGACUCCAUCCCGCUUCUCUGUGCUGUGCAUCAAUCAUUUUGAAGAGAAAUGCCUCGACAGAACAGGCAAAUGUGUGAAACUCAGAGACGACGCAGUUCCCACAAUAUUUGUGUCACCUGCCAACACACAGAAAGGGAAGGCCUCCACCAAACCAAGAAGUAAGAGAAACAGGCCACAGCGUAAAGGAACUCACACAGCUCAGUCUCCAGUAGCCUCUCCUGCCACAACAAAGCAAAGUGAAGACAGCAAGGAGAGCACGAGUCUGACAGAGCCAGAGUCUGCAGGAGACAUGAGCUCACUGACGUUUGACAAAUGGAGAAUAAUAGCUGAUGAAGGGCUGAUGAUGAUUGAGUCGUUUCCAAAUUUCUUCCAUGGAGACUACUGUGCGUCACGGGAUAUUCUGUGGGCUCCAGAUGAUAAUGUUAUUAUAGAAAAUAAAGAUCCUGAAAAUGUGAUAGAGGUGACAGAGCCAUGGCAGUGGCUCGGUCUGGAUGUCAGAGGGCCGCUGCCCAAAACACUCAAUGGACACCAAUACAUUUUGACCAUGACAGAUUAUUACUCUAAGUGGGUGGAAGCGGUGCCCAUGCAGUUGUGCCUCCCUCCCAAUGUGGCGAAACACAUUGUGGAGGUCAUCGCUCACUUUGGAUACCCAGUCAGAAUCCUCUCCAGACUGCCUCAUGAUGUAGUCCAAAAAAUAAAUGGACUAUUGAAAAAUGAGCUGAAUCUCACCAUCGCUCUAGUCGUCUAUCAUCAGCAGACUGGUACUGCAGACCUGAUCACACAGCAUCUGAUUAACAGGAUGGUAAGUGACCUAAUAGAGGAACAUGUGGCUGACUGGGAUGUUCACCUGCCUGCCAAGGUUUUCAGCCUGUGUUGCAAAGAACAUUCAAAGACCAAGGAGAGGCCUUUUUCAACGCUCUGCUGUACGGGACUGGAACCAGUCCAAACACCAAGAGGACUCGAUUAUGUUUAUUCCAAGAUUCAAGAGAGUGCUUUCGUGGUUAGAUAAAGCCUGAUGGGUCAAUAAAAGAGGAAACCAAACCGGUAAAAGAAAAACAAGGAGGAAGACGAUUGUUAAGUAACAUUGUACUUUACUUCAUGGGCACUAAAUGGAACCAUGGUAAUUUUUGACCAGGAUGUGGACUUUACUGAUGAGACAUAUACUUAAGAGAUGUCUUAGAAAGUCAACUGAUUUUGUCCAAAUAUGUUUUACUUUUUUUGGGCAAUUAACUCAGCUGUGUAAAGCCAGUUUCAGCUCAGAUUUUGAGGGAUUUCACUAAGUGUGAGUCAAUCUUAUUCCAACCCACUCCAGAUGACAAAUUAAAGGCAGCUGUACAUUAUUAUUUUUGUAUAUUUAAGCUAUUAAAAAAGUCUGUGACAUUCAAACCAAUGCUGUCGUGACUGAGGCAGAACAAGCGCACAGCGUGUGUAAAGUGAGACAACUUCAUACAGCAGCAAUAAAACACCAAGGAGUGACCACGAAACAUGUCAAAGGUGGUGUUUUUAGUGGAAGGCGAAGCUGAACUUUCAGUACAACAAUCAUAUUUUAAAUCCCAAUCAUUAUUUUGGCCUCUUGUGAAAGUUAUUGUGCAACACUGAAAAUGCAUACUACAGCAAUCGAUGUCUUUGAACAGCAGCCUGCACAUGCCAAUCACAAACUGCUAUACUGCACAUAACUUAAUAAAGUACCAUAGAAACACUGAUGGAGGGAGGUACACAGACAGUUUAGGUAAUUACUCACUGGAGAUUUAAAUGUCAACCACGUCAAAUAAACUGCUUUCUUGUUUUGACACCUCAUCUGAUUUGUGUCUCAUGCUGCUGUGGUUUCAGCUGUUGUACACUCGGCCAUGACAGCUGCUUGUCAGGCUGAGGGAAUGUCAUCAAGUCCUGUCACAUAUAAAAACAAACACACAAACCCCCAGAAAAGCUCCUGUUUGUUUUUUCAGUACAUAAUCAUGCUUUGUUCAAUGUGGUUUAAAUCUUUUUGAUUCUAAAAUGAAUGCAGCUCGAUGAGAAACCAUCCCACUACCAAUCACAUUCCUUUUUUAAUUGUGUCAUCAUUGCAAAUGAUAGAAGUUCACUGGAUGGCCAAAACUAAACAUUGGAGAGGAAAUAACACCUACUAUGUUUGAUUCAUAGUGGAAAGUCAUAGUGAAUGUGAAAGUGUUUCUUUUUUGACAACAAUCCUAAAGAUACAAAGAGUAUACAUUGGUAUUGCACUAAAAAUAAUAUUUUUUGGAGGAUUGGAAAGUUUCUUUACAAAUUCAUGUCUGUCUCUAUGUAACAAAGAAAACAAACCUAACAACUUUGAAAGGCAUCGCACCUAAUGUGACCCUUGAGUCUUAAGCAGUGUUUUUAUUGGAAAUCGGUUUGCUUGAUCAAACUGUAUUUUCUUAGGGUUGCAAUAAAAUAAAUAAAUCUCUGGUUUAUCCCA